AUGUAUAUUUUGAUGACUCCAACAAUGUAAAAACUAAAUUCCUUGCUUGAUUCCUAUAAAGCUUAUCGAGUGAAAUCAGAAUAAGAAUUAGGUGAAAGAUACAAUCUUUUUCAAUAAGCCAUAAAUGAAAAGCAUUCUGAAUAGUUAUUUCUUUUAAACUCGAAAUAUAAUGGAUUGUAUGAAAAAAUUUGUAGGGAGUGCAAACAGUCAAAUAAAACCUUCAAAAUUUCUUUCCUAAUAAAAGACCAAGAUUUUAAAUUGUUCAUUUACAUUAAUGAAUAUGAUGCACCACGCACAAUCGAAUUUUAACCUCUAAAUAGUUUAAGAAAAAUAACAAAAACAAUUUAUAAAGUUGUGCAUAUUGAGAAUCAAUUCGACUUGCCAAAAGUUAAUCUUCCAAAGGAUGAGUAGAAUAAGCAGGGUAAUUUUGAUUACUUUGGAGAAAGCCUUCUUUUGUUGCCAAACUAAAAUAUACUGAAAGGAAGAUUUAGCGAAACAGGGAUACCGAUUUAAAUUCCUACUAAAGUAAUAUACAACGGAAACAAUUGUUUUGAGUUAAAUUUUGCGAUAGAGAAGUAUAUACCGAACAUAAAUACAUUAAUGAUGCAAUCUCAAUACAAAGGGGAAAUUAAUGACAGAUUGGCUCCCGUAGGUGAAGGAACCUUUUCCAAUCCUAACUAUAAAAUAAGUGCAGUGUUUCGAGAUGGGUUUUACUAAGGUCAAGUUAAGAUUGUUACUCUCCCAGAAAAUACGAUAAAGUGUGUGACUAGGGAUAAUGAAAAAACUGUAUUGCCCAUUUGUUAUCAGGCGGACAAUUCUAUUGAUUAUUAUGUAUUCCAAACUAUAUUUGAGGGGAGAUGGAUUAAUCAAAAGGUUAUAGAUUACUACCUAUAUUAUGCAAGUAGUGAAAUAAUAAGAUUACAUGAGUGUGACAACAUUGGAGAUUCAAAAUACCAAAAUUAUGUGAUAAACUCUUGCGAUUCUGCAGAUAUAUUUUCUAGUGACAUCUUUGAACAAUAAUAUUACUCAAAAGAAUUUUGGAUGUCAUACUAGAAAAAAUAUAACAUAGAUAUUAAUAAUAAUAAGAAUAGAUACAUAUUUGCUUUGAAUAUUGGAAGAUCUCAUUUUGUUGUUUUAGUUUUGGAACAGAAUUAGAAGGAAGAGGGAACUAUAUAUUUGUUGGAUUCAAUACCUAACCAUUUCACUGAACAUUAAUAGGAAGUAGCAAUCAAGAAUAUUAAUGACUUAUUUCCUCGCAUAAAAAUAACAGAUAAAAGAAAGCUAAAUAGAAUAAAAGAUAUUGAAUAGCAGAGAAAUGGUUACGAUUGUGGAAUACAUUGCAUCUAUAAUUCCCUUUUGGUACUUAAGGAGUGGAAAAAAGAUAUGAACCAAAUAGAUUUUGAGAUAAGAAAGGAAGAGAUAAAGAAAGAGGCUUUGGAGAUAAAGGUUGAUUAGAAAAAGAAUGACGACUAUAAGGAUAAAAAAAAAAUAAGUAAGUUGCGCAGACAUAUAUAUUUUACGAUGGUUAACAAUUAAGCGCAUUGGUUGCAUUAUUGA